AUGGUAGCACCUGCAUGUGCAAAACCCCCUCUAAACCUGGUGUUGUGUGGAAGACAUAGAGCCUGGAAGACUGCAACAGCUAAUGCAAUUCUGGGAGCAAGAAAGCUUGGCUCAUCAGGUGACUCAACAGAGUGUGUAAAAAAUAAGGCAGAGGUGUGUGGACGUCGGGUUUCUGUGGUGCAGCUGCCUGCUUUGUAUGGAAAACCUCAGGAGGCAGCAAAGAAUGAAUCACUGAAGUGCAUCUCCUUCUGUGAUCCAGAGGGCGUCCAUGCCUUCAUCCUGGUCCUACCUUUAGGUGCCCCAAGUGAGGAAGACAAGAAAGAGUUAGAGACCCUCCGAAAAACAUUCAGCUUCAGGGUCUAUGAUUUCACCAUGAUUCUUUUUACUGUGGAGGCAAAUCAUGACUCUCUAGCAGUUGAGAGGUUUCUCCAGGAAUACAGAGACAUCCAACAGCUUCUUCAGAACGGUGGUGGUCAAUGUAUUGUCUACAACAUCAAUGACAAGGAGCAGGUCUCUGAGGUGUUACAUACUGUGGAAAAGAUGGGAGGUGUGGGAUGCAGAAGCUUCACAAAGGAUAUGUUUCCCAAGCUGAUUGCAAGACAUUCAACCGAUGCUGAAGAUUUUAAGAUGUCUCCCAGGGUGGCACCAAUUGGAGAGUCUUUCAGGAUGAUGACAAGGAGAGACUGUCUCAGGAUGGUGCUGGUUGGGAAGACUGGUUGUGGAAAGAGUGCAACUGGAAACACCAUUUUGGGCAAAGAAUGCUUUAAUUCUAGAGUCAGUCAAAUGUCAGUGACCAAGAUUUGCGAGAAAGUAACAGGAGAGAUUGACGGGAGGCCUGUCGCUGUGGUCGACACCCCCGGCUUGUUUGACACAACUCUGUCCAAUGAUGAAGUUCAAGAUGAGGUUAGGAAAUGCAUCAGACUGUUAGCUCCAGGACCUCAUGUUUUCUUACUGGUGCUGCGGAUCGGCCGCUUAACACAGGAAGAAAAAGAUACUGUGGAACUGAUCAAGGGGUUUUUUGGUAAGAAAUCAGAAGACUUCAUCAUUGUUCUAUUCACCAGAGGAGAUGAACUUCAAAAUCAAACAAUUGAGAGUUACAUAGAAGAGGACACUGAAAAGGCCUUAAAAAAACUGAUAACUGAAUGUGGAGGGCGAUACCAUGUCUUCAACAACAACAAUCGGGAGAAUCGUUCUCAGGUCAGCCAGUUGCUGACCAAGGUUGAGUCAAUGGUAAGGAAGAAUGACGGUGGCUUCUACACCUCAGAUGUCUUCCAAGGAGCUGAGGCAGCCAUACAACAGGAAAUAGAAAAAAUCAUGAGGUCAAAGGAAGAAGAGAUACAGAGGAAACAGAGGGACCUUGAAAGAAAAUAUCAAGAAGCGAUUGCAGAUCUUAGAUCUAAACUGGAUCAAGAAAGAAUAGAGAAGGCCAAACUAGUGAAAGAAAAGAAGGAGCACAUAAAGAAUCAAGACGAAGAGAAGAGAAUGAGAGAAAGAGAAAAGAGAGAAGAGGAGGAGAGGAGGAAGAAGAGGGAGGAGGAAUACCAACUACAUGAUUGGAAGCGAGAACUUGAAACUCUGGAGGCAAAACUAGCAUAUACAUCAGAAAAGCAGGAAAUGGCUGGCUUGGUGUAUUUAAUACGAGACAGAGAUGACAUGAGACAAGGAAAAGAGGCUUGGGAGCAGGAGAGACGGGAAUGGUGGGACGAACGCCGUCGAGAGGAAGAAAGGAGACGAGAAGAGGAGCGAGAUGAAAAGCUCAGACAUAAAUUUCAGGAGGACAUGGAAAUAUAUGAAAAUGCAGACGACAUAAUAAGAAGAGAACACGAGAGCAAGGAAAUUCAAGUAUUACAACAACACUUCAGGAGGAAAAUGGAGGAAGUACGGAGGGAAACUGAAGAGGAGGCCAGGAAGCUUGCUGAAGAAUGCAAUGAAUUCAGACUGAGAUACGACAGUGAUGUUUCAGCUGAGAAGGAAAAGUACAGACGGGAAAUGGAGGAUCUGAAGAAGAGCCAUGAAAACAAAAAUGACGAUAUGAUAAAACGCCUAAGCCAAAACAGAGCAUUCAAGAAAAACUUUGAUAAACUGAAGAAAAAGCAAGAACGAGAAAUGAAUGAUCUGAAAUACAAUCUUUCUUCCUACAACAAAGAGUAUCAGCAAAAAGAAAUCGAUGCGCUCGAGAAAGAACAUGAGGAGGAAAGAAAUGAAUGGAUUCAGGCAUAUGUGAUGAAAGCCGUACAAGGCAAGGUCUGCAGCAUUUUGUGA